AUGCCCCGGAGUCCCCCCAACCCCGGGACCCAGCAGGUGGCGCCCAAGGGGCUCCCCGGCGACGGCGCUCGCCGAAGGAGAGACCCGCGACUGCCCAGGCUGCCCCUGCCCCAGCUCCGCGGGUCCCCCGGCGGCUUGAGGGCCUCGGAGGGCGGCGGCGCGUGGUGGCCGGGCGGCUCCUCGCACCCAGAGCUGGGGCUGGGCGUCAGGAGCCCCUCGCCGCGCCUGCCCGCCCUGCCCACCCUGGCCCAGCGGGCGGCGCAGAACCGGACAAGGCUGAGGUCGCUCCUGCUCCUGGCCGGUGCGCCCCGGGAACUCGCGCCCGGGCGCCCGGGGCCUGGAGAGCGCGAGGAUCCCUGCCGGGGUGCGGCCACCCUGCCCGCCCUCCUAGGAGGGUUCCUCCCCAGCAGGUUCCGGGAGCUCCUGCAUCAGCUGGGCGCAGAGCGCGCGGAAACCCCGCCGCCGAACCUGCGGGGCCAGUCAUCGUACUUCCAGAAUAGUCUUAAGAAGAUUUUGCUCCAUCAGAUACCUGCCCUGGGGACCCUGAGGAGAGAUCCCUCACAGUUCACCCUCAAGAAGGCCAACCACAGGCCCCACGGUGCACAGGCCCCCAAGCUCAAGGCUGUGCUCACCCACAGCUCCUCGGGGGAAAGCUCGGGACAGCGCAGACGGUUUUGCCCCUUCCGAGUGCGAUUCGCCGAUGAGACCCUGCGGGACACAGCGCUCCGUUACUGGGAGCGCAGCUGUGCAGUCCGGCAGGGUACCAUCGAGAAUGGGAUAGCUCCCCGGUCAACGACAUCAGAAGGGGUGUUCGGGAGUGUCGGGAGGUGGCUGGAGAGUUUGUCCAAAGCCCUGUGCCCCAGGGCCAAGGAGGAGGUCAUGGCCAACAUCUCAUUCGGCUGGGACUGCCCUGGCCUGCCCAUCCAGGAGCCACCGGGUCACCUCUCUGAGGAUGCCUCCGUGAAGAGCAGCCUGCCCUGCAUCCCCAGGGCCACCACACAGAGGCCACGAGGUGACCUCCAAACCUUGCUGGACACUGACAACAUCCUGGGGCAGGUGGGCAAAUCGCCCUGCUCCUGGAGCCGGAAGCUGGAAUCCUUCCUGCCCAGCUUGGUGCUGCACACAGUCCUGAAGCGAGGAUGCCCUAAAGGCUACCAGCCCCUCCUGCCUUCCAUGACACCACAGGAGGCUCCCAAGUGA